CUAAAGACGCGCCGCGGGCUCUCCUAAACAAGAACACCUCUCAAGUCAACAAGCAACAACGUAACACAGGAGAGAAAAGAAGAUCACAGCCGUGGUUAGCGGAUCAAGCGAGCAGUCAACAUGGGAGUCCUCGCCGCAUCAGUAUUCUUGGGAGUCCUCUCCGUCGCCUAUGGCGGUUUCCUACAUGGCGGUAGUGGUUCCGUCCUUCACGGUGGCGUCGGUGGCGUGGCCGUCCACCAUGCCGCACCCGCUGUGGCCGCCGCGCCUGCCGCCACCUUCGUCCACCAUGCCGCACCGGCCGCAGCUGUCGUGCAUCACGCGCCUGCCGUGGCCGCGACAUACGCUAGGCCCGCAGGUCUGGGCUUCGGCUUCGCCCAACGCUUCGUCGCCUCGGCCCCGGCCUACGCCGCAGCCGCUCCCGCCGUCAGCUACGUCCAGCACGCUGCUCCGGCCGUCAGCUACGUCCAGCACGCCGCUCCGGCCGUUAGCUACGUCCAGCAUGCCGCUCCAGCCGUCGCUGUGAGCCGUCCGGCCGUCAGCUUCGCCGCGGCAGCACCCGCCGUUGCCGUCAGCCGCCCGGCGGUCAGCUACGUCCAGCACGCUGCCCCGGCGGUAGCUGUUAGCCGUCCCGCAGUCAGCUUUGCCGCUCCAGUUGCCAGCUACGGUGCUGGUCUCGGAUUCGGCCACACGUUCGCUGCAGCUGCCCCAGCUGUCGCAGUCAGCCGUCCCGCUGUGAGCUUUGCCGCACCUGCCGUCGCCGCCGCUCCGGCUGCCGUCGCUGUCCACCACGCUCCCGCAGUUUCCUACCGUACUGCUGCCAUCGCUGCUCCAGUUGCAACUUAUGGAGCCGGUCUCGGAUUCGGCCACACUUUUGCCGCUGCUGCACCAGCCGUCGCAGUCAGCCGUCCAGCUGUAAGCUUCGCUGCUCCAGCAGUUGCCGCCGCUCCAGCUGCCGUCGCCGUCCACCACGCUCCCGCCGUUUCUUACCGCACCGCUGCCGUAGCCGCUCCAGUUGCCACUUAUGGAGCCGGUCUUGGAUUCGGCCACACCUUCGCCGCUGCUGCCCCAGCUGUCGCAGUCAGCCGUCCCGCUGUGAGCUUUGCCGCACCUGCCGUCGCCGCCGCCCCAGCAGCCGUUGCCGUCCACCACGCUCCUGCCGUUUCCUACCGCACUGCCGCCGUCGCCGCUCCUCUUGCCACGUACGGCGCCGGUCUUGGCUUCGGACACACCUUCGCCGCAGCUGCCCCAGCUGUCGCCUACAGCCGUCCCGCUGUAAGCUUUGCUGCUCCAGCAGUCGCCGCCGCUCCCGCGGCCGUCGCCGUCCACCACGCACCGGCUGUUGCUGCAGCUCCAGCUGCCGUCGCGGUCCACCAUGCUCCAGCCGUCGCCUACCGUACUGCUGCGAUUGCCGCCCCAGUUGCCACCUUUGGUGCCGGUCUUGGCUUCGGACACAGCUACGGACACAGCUUCGCCGCUGGUGCCCCAGCUUUCGCCUACAGCCGCCCCGCUGUAAGCUUCGCUGCUCCAGCCGUUGCUGCCGCGCCAGCUGCCGUCGCCGUCCACCACGCUCCUGCAGUUGCCGCCGCUCCAGCUGUCGCUGUCCACCAUGCUCCGGCGGUCGCCUACCGCACUGCUGCAGUCUCCGCCCCAGUUGCCACCUUUGGUGCCGGACUCGGCUUUGGUCACACCUUCGCCGCAGCUGCCCCAGCCGUAGCCUACACCCGCCCCGCUGUAAGCUAUGCCGCUCCAGCCGUUGCUGCAGCGCCAGCUGCGGUCGCCGUCCACCACGCUCCAGCCGUCGCCUACCGCACUGCUGCCGUUGCCGCUCCGGUUGCCACAUAUGGCGCCGGCAUCGGCUUUGGCCACACGCUCGCCGCAGCUCCCGCCUUCGCCGCUGCCCCAGCAGCCACUGUUGUUCAUCACGCCGCCCCUGCUGUUGCAGUGAGCCGCCCCGCCGUCAGCUUCGCUGCUCCAGCCGUAGCCGUGCACCACGCUCCAGCCGUUGCCUACCGCGCGGCUGCCGUCGCUGCUCCGGUCGCCACGUUCGGUGCCGGUCUCGGCUUCGGACACGCGUACGGUGCCGGUCUUGGCUACUCGCGCCAGAUCUCCUACUCUGCCCCGGCGGUCGCCGCAGCACCGGCCGCAGUAGCGGUCCACCACGCCGCUCCCGCAGUCGCUGUCCACCACGCUGCUCCCGCCGCCGUCGCCGUUCACGCCGCCCCCGCUGCUGUCGCCUACCGCACCGCCGCUGUUGCCGCUCCCGUCGCUACGUACGGCGCUGGUCUCGGCUUCGGCCACACACUCGCUGCUCCAUCUUUUGCCGCCCCUGCGCCCGUGCAUGUUAAGCAGUUCGUGUCUGCUCCCGCACCCGCGGUUGUUCACCACGCAGCACCCAUAUUCGCAGCCCCAGCCGCACCUGUAUUCGCUGCGCCGCGUGUAACUGUCGCCGCUCCAGCGCCAGCAGUUGUCCAUCACGCGGCCCCCGCCAUCGCUUACCGUACUGCUGCAAUUGCCGCUCCUGUAGCGACGUUUGGAGCAGGUCUCGGCUUCGGCCACACACUCGCCGCUCCAUCAUUCGCCGCCCCAGCGCCCGUGCAUGUUAAGCAGUUCGUGUCUGCUCCCGCGCCCGCGGUUGUUCACCACGCAGCACCCACAUUCGCAGCCCCAGCCGCACCUGUAUUCGCUGCGCCGCGUGUAACUUUCGCCGCUCCAGCGCCAGCGGUUGUCCAUCACGCUGCCCCCGCCAUCGCCUACCGUACUGCUGCACUUGCCGCUCCUGUAGCGACGUUUGGAGCGGGUCUCGGCUUCGGCCACACACUCGCUGCUCCAUCCUUUGCCGCCCCUGCGCCCGUGCAUGUUAAGCAGUUCGUGUCUGCUCCCGCGCCUGCGGUUGUUCACCACGCAGCACCCACAUUCACAGCCCCUGCCGCACCUAUAUUUGCUGCACCACGCGUAACUGUCGCCGCGCCAGCGCCAGCAGUUGUUCAUCACGCUGCCCCUGCCGUCGCUUACCGUACUGCUGCACUUGCCGCUCCUUUGGCGAUGUUUGGAGCAGGUCUCGGCUUCGGCCACACACUCGCCGCUCCAUCAUUCGCCGCCCCGGCGCCCGUGCAUGUUAAGCAGUUCGUGUCUGCUCCCACUCCCGCGGUAGUUCACCACGCAGCACCCACAUUCGCAGCCCCAGCUGCACCUGUGUUCGCCGCACCGCGUGUAACUGUCUCCGCUCCAGCGCCAGCGGUUGUCCAUCACGCUGCCCCCGCCGUCGCUUACCGCACUGCUGCACUUGCCGCACCUGUAGCGACGUUUGGAGCGGGUCUUGGCUUCGGUCACACACUCGCUGCUCCAUCCUUUGCCGCCCCUGCACCCGUGCAUGUUAAGCAGUUCGUGUCUGCUCCCGCGCCUGCGGUUGUUCACCACGCAGCGCCCGCAUUUGCAGCCCCAGCCGCACCAGUAUUCGCUGCACCACGUGUUACUGUCACCGCGCCGGCGCCAGCGGUUGUUCACCACGCAGCACCCACAUUCACAGUCCCUGCCGCACCUGUAUUUGCUGCACCACGCGUAACUGUCGCCGCGCCAGCGCCAGCGGUUGUCCACCACGCUGCCCCCGCCGUCGCUUACCGCACUGCUGCACUUGCCGCUCCUGUAGCGACGUUUGGAGCGGGUCUUGGCUUCGGCCACACACUCGCUGCUCCAUCCUUCGCCGCCCCUGCACCCGUGCAUGUUAAGCAGUUCGUGUCUGCUCCCGCGCCUGCGGUUGUUCACCACGCAGCACCCACAUUCACAGCCCCUUCCGCACCUGUAUUUGCUGCACCACGCGUAACUGUCGCCGCGCCAGCGCCAGCUGUUGUCCAUCACGCUGCCCCUGCCGUCGCCUACCGUACUGCUGCACUUGCCGCUCCUUUGGCGAUGUUUGGAGCGGGUCUCGGCUUCGGCCACACACUCGCUGCUCCAUCGUUUGCCGCCCCUGCUGCCGUGCAUGUAAAGCAGUUCGUAUCUGCUCCCACCCCCGCGGUUGUUCACCACGCAGCACCCACAUUCGCAGCCCCAGCAGCACCUGUAUUCGCUGCGCCGCGUGUAACUGUCGCCGCGCCAGCGCCAGCGGUUGUCCAUCACGCUGCUCCUGCCGUCGCUUACCGUACUGCUGCACUUGCCGCUCCUGUAGCGACGUUUGGAGCGGGUCUCGGCUUCGGUCACACCCUCGCUGCUCCAGCGUUCGCAGCCCCAGCGCCCGUGCAUGUUAAGCAGUUCGUGUCUGCUCCCGCGCCCGCGGUUGUUCACCACGCAGCUCCCACAUUCGCAGCCCCAGCCGCACCUGUAUUCGCUGCACCACGUGUAACUGUUGCUGCGCCAGCUCCAACUAUUGUCCACCACGCAGCUCCUACCUUCGCCUACAGGGCGGCCGCUCUUGGUGCUCCAAUGGCGACGUUCGGGGCUGGGCUCGGUCUGGGCCACACCCUAGCUGCACCUGCCGCGCCACUCUUCGCGCAGGGUCCUGUUCACGUUAAGCAAUUCGUGAGCGCUCCCGCCCCGGCCGCGGCUGUAUAUCACCAGGCUCCACCCGUGAGGCAAGUCGUGGUCGCUCCCGCGCCAGCUGCCGUUGUUCACCACGCCCCCGCGGCACCCGUGUUCAGUGUUCCGCGUGUAGCCGCUCCUGCUCCGGCUGUUGUACACCACGCCGCUCCCGCCGUCGCAUACCGUGCCGCUGCUCUGGCAGCACCUUUGGCAACAUUCGGAGCGGGUCUCGGUUUCGGCCACACGCUUGCCGCACCUGCCUUUGCGGCAGCACCUGCUGCCGUACACGUAAAGCAGUUCGUGUCGGCUCCAGCACCAGCCGCCACUUUCGUUCAGCACGCACCUGUAUUCUCUGCGCCCCGCGUCACGGUUGCCGCUGCACCUGCAGUCAUUCACCACGCAGCUCCAGCUGUAGUUCAGCAUGCAGGUCCAGCUGUCGCGUACCGUACUGCCGCCCUGUCCGCUCCACUAGCUACCUUCGGGGCAGGUCUCGGAUUCGGGCACACGUUCGCCCCCGCGCCAGCUGUAGUCCACCACGCUCCCGCCUUGACAGCCGCCGUGCCUCAUGUUAAGCACAUCGUAUCCGCUCCAGCGCCUGCACCAGCCGUCUACGCUGCGCCGGCAGUGGCUUCAGCUCCAGCCGUUGUGCAGCCCGCUCCCGUCGUCCACCACGUGAAACAUUUCGUGUCCGCUCCGGCAGUCGCCGCCGCUGCUCCAGCAUUCGCUGCAGCGCCCGCUCUAGUCCACGCCGCUCCGGCAGCGAACCUAGUCGCCUACCGCACCGCUGCCCUGGGUGCUCCGCUCGCCACCUACGGCGCGGGUCUUGGUUUGGGCCACACACUAGCCGCUCCCGCGGUACCUCACAUCAAGCACAUCAUCUCCGCUCCGGCGGCCGCACCUGCCGCGGUCGUUCACCACGCUCCAGUGGUCCAGCAAGUGCACGCCGCUGCUCCAGCGACAUUUGUCCAGCAGGCUCCCGUCCUCCAUGCAGCGCCCAGUGUAGUCGCCUACCGCCAAGCCGCUCUCGCGGCUCCGCUGGCCACGUUUGGGGCGGGUCUCGGGUUCGGCCACACUUUCGCCGCCCCUGCUGCAGCCGCCGUGCUCCACCAAGCCGCUCCCGCCGUCCAUCACGUUAAGCACAUCAUCCCCGCUACUCCGGCAUUCGCCGCUCCAGCAGCGCCCGCCGUUCCUGUAGCCCACGCUCCGGCACCAGCUGUUGUGCAGCACGUCGCCGCCGCCGCUCCUCAGGUCGUCGCCUACAAGACGGCCGCCGUGUCGGCUCCAGUGUCCACGUUCGGAGCCGGCUUUGGCUUGGGACACACCCUGGGGGCACCCGCCCUGCUGCAGGCCCCCGCCUCCGUUCCCCACGUGAAGACUCUCGUUCACCACGCCCCGGCGGCCGUCGUGCAGCAGGCCGCCCCCGUGACCGUAGUCCAGGAGCAGCCCGCUGUGGUCCAUCACGCGGCGCCGGCCACCGUUGCCGUCCAUCAUGCCGCACCGGCAGUGUUCCAUCACGCUGCCCCGGCUACAGCCGUUUACCACCAUGCUGCUCCAGCCGCGGCUGUCGUCGACCCGCUGUCGCUCGAUCUCAGUUACAAGAAGCUCUUCGCUUCCGGUCUCGGUCUGGGUCAGACCAUCGCUUACGGCAACGGCCUGGACGAGGAGCCUGGCUGGGAGGUGAAGUACAUUGAGCUGCUUCGCAGGAGGAAGAAGAAGUGAGCGGCGCUUUUCUUGUGGUGCUUCUUGAAGACUAAUAUAUUUGUUACGUGAGGAUGUUGUUUGAAGGGAAAUAAAGUUGUACAGAUGGACAAUAAAUUUUU